AUGGCUUCAGCUUCACCUGCCAGCAUGUGCUUCGAGGAAAAUGAGUCCGAAUGGCCAUAUUCUUCUCGUGCAACCAAGAGGCGCAAACGCACCUCCACCAUGGGUACCUCAGGACCCUCGCCUCGCGAGAUUGGAUUUAUGAGAGAGUCUCAGAAUGACGGAACUGCGACAUUCCUUGGAAGUUCAAGUGGAAUUCAUUUUAUCCGUCAUGUUUACCAUGCCUUCGCACGUCGUUCAGCAGACUUGGACCAAUCACGAGCCCGUGACAGAACAUCGGUGCCAGGGGAAGACGAUCGGCUACAGCAAAAUUCAGGAAGCAUUCAAAGCUCGGAUGAGCUGUGGGCAAGGGAGGAGUUAAAUUAUGCACCAAGUACCUCGUUUGCUUUCGACGAUCUUGUUAAGUGGACACGCAGCUAUUUCGAGAAUUGGCAUCCAAUAUUCCCAUGCCUCCACGCCCCGACAGUCUUGAAAACCAUAGAGACAGUCAGCCAAAAAGGGACGGAAUCGGUCAACCGACUAGAACUGAUGAUCCUCCGCUCCAUUGUGUCUAUUUCUCUCGGUGAUAAUCGACAGAAAACGUCUGGGUCGAAGCUCAGUCCCGUUCCUUCAGCCUUGGUCUUUCGAUCCAUUCAGCAUGUGAUGCAAGAUGUACAAAGUCUCCUUGAACAGCCAACUAGCUUGCCACUGCUACAAGCUGCAUUUACUGCUCAACUUGCACUCACGUCUCUUUUGCGCCUGAAUGCCGCCUCGCGGGUAGGGGGUGUCAUCACCCGCACUGCAUUCCACCUCGGGUUGCAUCGUUGCCCAAGACGAUUUUCUUGCUUUAGCAGCGAAGAAGCCGAUAUCCGUUGUCGACUAUUCUGGUCGAUUUAUACCCUCGAAAGAUAUCUUUCUCAAGCCCUUGGCAUUCCGCUCUCUAUUCGAGAUGACGAUAUCGAUGUGUGCUACCCCGGUGCCGAGAGACAUUCUUCAACAACUGCCAAAUGCUCUGAAGAUCGCAGAUUGCACUUGCUGUGCCACCUUGCGAAAUUUGCACGGAUUCGAGGUUUGAUUGUUGAACUUCGUAAUAAGUCCAUUCUCCACAGUCACGCUAGCCAGGUUGAAGCGGCUCAUGUUACUGGAGAACUAGCGCAAUGGUGGAAUGAAGUUUAUGACGAUGUAAACCCCAUUGGUGAGCCGGAAGAACCUGGUCUAGAGCAAGAGCCGAUCUUGCAGCCAUAUCACCGGCUACUCCUGAUGAUCCUGAGACACGAAGCUAUCAUCUCGCUCAACCGACCUCUUUUAGCCUCCGAGAAGCCCAGUGCAGACUACAAGAAUGCCUUGCAGACUUGUAUUGGAUCCUCUCGAUCUAUACUUGCGGCUCUCAAAAAGCACAUGUCUUCUGAGCCGAAAUCUCCGCUCUCCUGGCCAGGCUUUACAUGGUCAACUUGGAUGGCCUGUCUGAUUCUGAUGUAUGCUGCGUGGGAAGAGGAAUUCUCCACACCGACUGCUCUCAAAUAUGCGAGAAUGGGGAUUACCAUUUUGGAAAACCUAUCAUUGCGCGGUAGCAGCUGGCCAGAGACUUGCAUCGAGGCGAUCAAAGGCAUGGAGUCUGCUUUCGAGACACAGGCACCUAGUGGCCAACAAGGCAAGGCUACUGCCACAUUGAACGGCACAGGGAGAUUGACUCAACCCCAUGCCCAAGCUACACCAUCCAUGAAUAAACGGAUAUCACGAAUGCUGCCGGUCCAGGAUGGAAAUAAUGAGAUUGACGGUACAGGUCUCACACCCAUUCGACCUCAAACUUUAGCGUCAAAUGGAUACCAAGGCCGUUCAGUCUCUACCGGAAUUCAUCCGUUUCAAUCAUCAAUUCGCUCCCCUGCCCAAGGCCUUGGGCCAUCCGAAAACUACGACCCUGCCGUUUUUUCACCGUCUGAUAAUAUCGGUAACUUUGCCGAAGCGCUAGAUCCUGCUGAGAACUAUCUCAAUGGACAGUCUUCAGCUGGUCUAAUUUUCGGCAACAUGGCUGACGGAAACCCUACUUUUAAUCCGAGUUUUGCUGGUCAAGACUCUUUGCCAUUUUCAUCAUCUAUGCUCAUGAACGAUUUAUGGAGCGUGGCUGAUGGCCCAUGGAUGAUUCACAAUAACUUUUUGUGA